UGAGCAGCCUUCCAGCAGGGAGAAGCCGUUCAGGUGCUUGGAAUGUGGGAAGAGCUUCAGUGACAGCUCCAACCUCCGCACUCACCAGCGAAUCCACUCUGGGGAACGGCCCUACACGUGUAGGGAAUGUGGGAAGAGCUUCAGGCACAGCUCCACCCUUCGCACCCACCACCGUAUUCACACUGGGGAACUGCCCUACAUGUGCAGGGAAUGUGGGAAGAGCUUCAGCCAGAACUCCACCCUCUACACUCACCAGCGCAUCCACAGUGGGAAAAGGCCCUACACAUGUGGGGAAUGUGGGAAGAGCUUCAGCCAAAACUCCACCCUCCAAACCCACCAGCGCAUCCACACUGAGGAACGGCCCUACCUGUGUGGGGAAUGUGGGAAGACCUUCAGGCAGAGCUCCCACCUUCGCACCCACAAGGUCAUCCACACCGGGAAACGGCCCUACGAGUGUGGAGAAUGUGGGAAGAGGUUUCAGACCAGCUCCAAUCUCCUCCUGCAUGAGCGGACGCACACGGAUGAGAGGCCCUUCCGCUGCACAGACUGCGGGAAGGGCUUCAAGCAGAACUCCCACCUCAUCACCCACCAGCACAUCCACACAGGGGAGAGGCCCUACAAGUGUGGGGAGUGUGGGAAGAGCUUCACCCACAGCUCUACCUUGACCCAACACCAACGGACCCACCAGUAAGGGAAGCCCUACCAGUGCCCUGACUGCAGGAAGAGCUUCGGCCGCUGC